AUGAGGCAAAAGAAGGAUGAACGAUUUGCGCAGUUCGUGUUUCGUCUACGCCAACAGGUAGCUGAAUGCGGGUUUGAGAAGUAUUCAUCAGAUAUCGCGAAGGUUUUAACUGAAAUCACACUGAUAGACGUAAUCGCUCAAGGUUGUACGUCUAAUGAGUUGCGAAGCCGGAUUUUGAAGGAGGAUCAAACGCUUCCGCAGAUAGAAGCUUUGGGAGCUAUGAUCGAAAGUGUAGAAGAACAAGUGAGAGGCCUCUCCAGUUUUUCAACAUCCGAAGAGAAGAUUUACCGUAUUGAAGAACGCAAGGCUGAUGGAUCAAAUGUGCAGACUUCCGGCGGCAAGAUAAACCACAUUGUGAGAAGUUCAACGGGUAAUCAUAAUCCAAAUGUGCGAGAUCGUGUGGCAUGUUUCAGCUGUGGAAGACACGGUCAUUUUUCCAACUCACCUCACUGUCCAGCACGAAAUCAAGAAUGUAGAAACUGCAAGAUGCGUGGCCAUUUCGAAACGGUUUGUCGGAAAGGAAAGAAACGAGGUGCAUUCAAUCAAAGCGGACAGAAGGAGUCAAAGAAAAUACGGCUAGUGGAAUCCACUGAGACGAAUUCGGAAAUGCAGGCAGCGGAAAAAACAUACUACGCGUUUUACUCUGGAAACAAAGCGAAUAUGAUUGCGUGUUGCAUCGGUGGUGUGAGUUGUGAUAUGCUGGUGGAUUCGGGAGCAGAUUGUAAUUUGGUUACACCGGAAGCAUGGAACAAGUUCAAGGAAGCUGGCAUUAAGGUAUACUCGUCAACGAAAGGAUGUGAUCGAAAGCUCAAGGCAUACGGAAGUGAGAAUUUGCUUAAUGUGUCCGGAUCAUUUGUUGCUGAUAUUCGUGUAGGCCAAAAAUGCGUAAAGGCUGAAUUUUUCGUUGUGACUGGUGGCCAACAAUGCUUGUUGGGUGACGAAACUUCGAAGCUGUUGGGAAUACUCAAGGUUGGAUUGGAUGUCAAUAAGGUAACGGAGGAAGUCAAGCCAUUUUCCAAAAUCUCUGGUGUGCAAGUCAAAAUUCACACGGAUCCUGAAAUCAAACCUGUUUUCCAACCUCUGAGAAGAGUUCCUAUUCCGCUAGAAUCUGCUGUCAAGUCUAAGCUGGAACAGCUACUUGCAAGAGAUAUAAUUGAAGUCAAGACUGGACCAACGAGUUGGGUAUCGCCGCUGGUGGUUGUCGGAAAAGCGAAUGGUGAUGUAAGACUGUGUUUGGAUUUACGUCGAGUUAAUGAAGCGGUUUUGAGAGAACGCCAUCCAAUGCCGGUAGUGGACGAAUAUUUGGCUCGUUUGGGAAAAGAUAUGAUUCGAAGCAAGUUAGACAUCCGUGAAGCAUUCUUGCAAGUAGAGUUGGACCCGGAGUCGAGAGAUGUCACCACCUUCAUAACAAGCCUCGGGUUGUUCAGAUUCAAGCGAUUACCGUUUGGUUUAGUGACUGCUCCGGAAGCGUUUCAGCGGACAAUGGACGAGAUUCUCACUGGCUGCGAGGGAACGCAUUGGUAUCUAGAUGACGUCAUUAUCGAAGGAUCUACCGAGGAAGAGCAUGAUCGUCGUGUAGAUAAGGUAGUUUAA